ACGGUUGCCAUGGAAAUUAUUUCCAUCACAGAGCGACGAGCCAAGUUUUGGUUGACGAGUUUAGCUCGUUAAAUGGCAUUAUUAGCUAAGGUUAUGAUAGUGUAAUAGUUAGAUAUUUGAUCGCUACGUGUAGUCAUGACUGUGACGUAUGAAGACUGAUAGGCCACGCGGAACUAACUGUCGAGUGCUAAAAAGCUAAAGCUUCUGUAUUAUGGUGUAUCCCAGUUCAGCCAUGCAGUCAGACGGGGACAGUGGACUGGUAGACCUGGAGGCCCAGUUGACCAGUAAAGAGAGGGAGUGGAAGGAGCUCCUGGCUGCAAGGGUUCAUCAACUGGAGAGUUCCCUCCAACAGGCCCAGGAGGAGUACUCCUCCCUCAGAGAACGUUACCAGCAACUGAGGGAAGAUUUCCAGUUCAACCUGGCCAUCCUGGAUGAAAGAGACAGAGAGCUAGAGAGAUAUGAUGUCAUAACUGCGAGAGCUCUGACUGUGGAACACAACAGGCAGGGGGAGCUGAACCAGCUCUGUAUGCAGGUUGCUCAGCUGGAGAGGCAGAGAGCCAGAGAAACUCAGGAGAGGCAGGACGAGCUCAGGCUGCAGCUGGACACGCUCAAGAGGUCACCCCAUACACACCAUGUGGACACCCAACUCAACACAACCAUGAGGAUAAUCACCGGGACAAUCCGCUCAACACCACUCCCCUGGCUCCCCAUCCUAUCAAACAUAGCCCCUCCACACAUCCGGCAGGCUGCCUGGGUGCUUUGCAAACAUAACCGGCCUUUCACGGAAAGUGAGGUUUUAAAGGAGUGCAUGGUCACCGUUCUGGAGGAACUUGCCCCCGACAAAUCCAUGGACAGAGUUAUUGCAUCUGUCAAACAAAUACCUCUCUCUGCUUCAACUGCUGCACGUCGUGUACACGUCUUGGCAGAGCAUGUCCAGCAAGCUGUCAUUGACGGGAUCAAGGAAGCCAAAUACAUUUCGCUGGCUAUUGAUGAGUCCACUGACAACACGGAUAUUUCACAGUUGUGCGUUUUUGUCAGAUACUUUGAUGGCAAAGAUUUCCGAGAGGAGCUGCUGGCAUUGCUUCCGCUGGAGGACAACACCACUGCUGACAUCAUCUUUGGAAAACUGGAGGAUUUUUUUAAAAGCCAUGGAUUGUCCCUGGAUAAAAUCAACCUGACAGUGACAGAUGGUGCACCUGCCAUGAUUGGCAAAAACAAGGGUCUGGUGAGCAGAAUAAAGACUGUCGCUCCUAAAACUAACGCACUUCACUGUAUUAUCCAUCAAAGCGUGCUGUGCGCAAAGCUAAGCGGGGAGCUCAAAGAGGUGAUGGAGAAAACAAUGAAAAUUAUUAACCACAUCAGAGGAAAUUCAAGCACGCAGCACCGCCUGUUCCGCAAAUUUGUGCUCGAAUCCCAGGCUUCUCAUGAUGACCUGUUACUCCACAAUGACGUGCGCUGGCUCAGUAAGGGCAAAGCACUGGAGCGCUUCGUUGAACUCCGUGCCCAAGUAGUGGAUUUUUUGAAACAAAGUAAAUCAAAAGCGGCAGCUGACCAUCUCCGCAUCAUGCAAGACAGAGAAUACAUGUGCAACGUUGCGUUUUUAACAGACAUUUUCUCCCAUUUGAAUACACUUAAUCUCCAGCUGCAAGGAAAAGAAAAAUCAGUGGUGGAUUUGGUGGAAAAACUUGAUGCCUUUGGGAACAAAGUUGAUCUGUUCCACGCAGAUUUGUUGUCAGGGAGGCUGCUGCACUUCAACACACUGAAGACGGUGGGAGAAAGCAACGUAACAGACAAGAUGAAGACAUUCAUCACACAAUUAAAAGACAACUUCUCUGCUAGAUUCGAUGACUUUUUCAUUUCCAGGGAUGUCAUUGGAUUUGUGCGUGACCCAUUCACCAUUAGCCCAAGCGGAGAAUUCUCCACAAACGCGGUGAAAAUGAUGCCGUUGGACGAGGCGGCCAUUCAGAGCGAGCUGGCUGAAAUCCAGGCCGCAGGCGACAUGAAGGCUGCUCUCUGUGGUGCUGAAAGCCUGAGCGCAUUUUGGGUGUCUUGUCCCGAGGACUAUGGCACAUUGAAGACGCUGGCUAUGUAUGUGCUCACCAUGUUCGGUUCAACCUACACCUGCGAGGCUGCGUUCUUCAAGAUGAACUCGAUAAAAACACACGAGAGGAACCGACUGUCAAACCAGUCUUUGGAGGACUGUUUGCGCAUAAGUCUGACAGCGGCCAAGCCUGAUGUGAAAAAGUUGGUGUCAGAGGGGAAAUGUAACUUCAGCCAUUAA